AUGAUGUAUAAUGAUCUGAUGUUAUUCUAUUCUUUUUAUUUUUUUGCUAUAUUAUUAUUAUUAACUUAUGGUCAACAAACAAUAAUCUAUGUUAAACGUGGUGAUACAGUUGAAUUAUGUGACAAUCGUACAACAUUUAUUUAUGCUUAUGAAUAUCGUAGUUUUGAUGGUAAAAAAAAUUUAAUUAUUGAACCAACAAGACAUGAACGUUAUUCAAAUCCAUAUGGUACAAGUUUAUUACGAAUAAAUAAUGUUAUUGAAAAUGAUAGUGGUCAAUAUAAAUGUCCACAAGAUGAUAUUGAAUGGCAAAAACUUCAAGUAUAUGUACCCGUUCAACACGUAUACUUGACCAAUAUGCAUACAUCAACUCAUAUGCAUAAUAAUGAAUUUUGUGGAAAUGAAAAUAAUAAUUGUUUAGCUAUGAUUGAGGGUGAACCAUUGGAUAUUAUUUGUGCUGCCGAUGGUUCUCCUCGUCCUGCACUUGAUAUAUCAUUAGAUAAAAAUGGUACAAUACCAACAAUCAUGGCAUUAGCAAAUGGUAUCCAACCACCACCGAUUGUCAAUGAUCAAUUUAAAUCAAGUGUUUAUGAAGCCUAUCGUAUUAUUGGUUUAAUACCAUCAGACAAUGGACGUAAUAUAACAUGUCAAGUUGAUAUGAAACAUAUUGAUAAAAAACUUAUUUUAUCAACAACAAAACAACUUUAUAUGGAAUGUAUGUAUAAAGUUUGA